AUGGAAAUAAUAUACCAUGUUUUAUUGAUAAUAGAACCCGAUGUUGUGAAGAACUUGACAGCAGGGAUCAUCACCACUACAUCCAUAUCUCUGAGCUGGGAGAAACCAUAUGGAAAUGCAAGUUUUUAUGAAAUCCAGAUUCUGGGAGAACCAAGCUUGAAUAGGACAGUGAAUACAACUUUUGAUACAAUUGACGGCCUGAUACCUGGAAAUUAUUACACACUGCUGGUCUCUGCAGUUGUUGGGGAAAAUAAUAUCACUGGAAACAGUUCACACCUGCUUGUGUACACAAAACCCGAUGUUGUGAAGAACUUGACAGCAGGGAUCAUAUCCACUACGUCCAUAUCUCUGAGGUGGGGGAAACCAUAUGGAAAUGCAAGUUUUUAUGAAAUCCAGAUUCUGGGAGAACCAAGCUUGAAUAGGACAGUGAAUACAACUUUUGAUACAAUUGACGGCCUGAUACCUGGAAAUUAUUACACACUGCUGGUCUCUGCAGUUGUUGGGGAAAAUAAUAUCACUGGAAACAUUUCACAACUGCUUGUGUACACAAAACCCGAUGUUGUGAAGAACUUGACAGCAGGGAUCAUCACCACUACAUCCAUAUCUCUGAGCUGGGAGAAACCAUAUGGAAAUGCAAGUUUUUAUGAAAUCCAGAUUCUGGGAGAACCAAGCUUGAAUAGGACAGUGAAUACAACUUUUGAUACAAUUGACGGCCUGAUACCUGGAAAUUAUUACACACUGCUGGUCUCUGCAGUUGUUGGGGAAAAUAAUAUCACUGGAAACAGUUCACACCUGCUUGUGUACACAAAACCCGAUGUUGUGAAGAACUUGACAGCAGGGAUCAUCUCCACUACGUCCAUAUCUCUGAGGUGGGGGAAACCAUAUGGAAAUGCAAGUUUUUAUGAAAUCCAGAUUCUGGGAGAACCAAGCUUGUAUAGGACAGUGAAUACAACUUUUGUUACAAUUGACGGCCUGAUAGCUGGAAAUUAUUACACACUGCUGGUCUCUGCAGUUGUUGGGGAAAAUAAUAUCACUGGAAACAUUUCACAACUGCUUGUGUACACAAAACCCGAUGUUGUGAAGAACUUGACAGCAGGGAUCAUCACCACUACAUCCAUAUCUCUGAGCUGGGAGAAACCAUAUGGAAAUGCAAGUUUUUAUGAAAUCCAGAUUCUGGGAGAACCAAGCUUGAAUAGGACAGUAAAUACAACUUUUGAUACAAUUGACGGCCUGAUACCUGGAAAUUAUUACACACUGCUGGUCUCUGCAGUUGUUGGGGAAAAUAAUAUCACUGGAAACAGUUCACACCUGCUUGUGUACACAAAACCCGAUGUUGUGAAGAACUUGACAGCAGGGAUCAUCUCCACUAUGUCCAUAUCUCUGAGGUGGGGGAAACCAUAUGGAAAUGCAAGUUUUUAUGAAAUCCAGAUUCUGGGAGAACCAAGCUUGAAUAGGACAGUGAAUACAACUUUUGAUACAAUUGACGGCCUGAUACCUGGAAAUUAUUACACACUGCUGGUCUCUGCAGUUGUUGGGGAAAAUAAUAUCACUGGAAACAUUUCACAACUGCUUGUGUACACAAAACCCGAUGUUGUGAAGAACUUGACAGCAGGGAUCAUCACCACUACAUCCAUAUCUCUGAGCUGGGAGAAACCAUAUGGAAAUGCAAGUUUUUAUGAAAUCCAGAUUCUGGGAGAACCAAGCUUGAAUAGGACAGUAAAUACAAAUUUUGAUACAAUUGACGGCCUGAUACCUGGAAAUUAUUACACACUGCUGGUCUCUGCAGUUGUUGGGGAAAAUAAUAUCACUGGACACAGUUCACACCUGCUUGUGUACACAAAACCCGAUGUUGUGAAGAACUUGACAGCAGGGAUCAUCUUCACUACGUCCAUAUCUCUGAGGUGGGGGAAACCAUAUGGAAAUGCAAGUUUUUAUGAAAUCCAGAUUCUGGGAGAACCAAGCUUGAAUAGGACAGUGAAUACAACUUUUGAUACAAUUGACGGCCUGAUACCUGGAAAUUAUUACACACUGCUGGUCUCUGCAGUUGUUGGGGAAAAUAAUAUCACUGGAAACAGUUCACACCUGCUUGUGUACACAAAACCCGAUGUUGUGAAGAACUUGACAGCAGGGAUCAUCUCCACUACGUCCAUAUCUCUGAGGUGGGGGAAACCAUAUGGAAAUGCAAGUUUUUAUGAAAUCCAGAUUCUGGGAGAACCAAGCUUGAAUAGGACAGUGAAUACAACUUUUGAUACAAUUGACGGCCUGAUACCUGGAAAUUAUUACACACUGCUGGUCUCUGCAGUUGUUGGGGAAAAUAAUAUCACUGGAAACAUUUCACAACUGCUUGUGUACACAAAACCCGAUGUUGUGAAGAACUUGACAGCAGGGAUCAUCACCACUACAUCCAUAUCUCUGAGCUGGGAGAAACCAUAUGGAAAUGCAAGUUUUUAUGAAAUCCAGGUUCUGGGAGAACCAAGCUUGAAUAGGACAGUAAAUACAAAUUUUGAUACAAUUGACGGCCUGAUACCUGGAAAUUAUUACACACUGCAGGUCUCUGCAGUUGUUGGGGAAAAUAAUAUCACUGGAAACAGUUCACACCUGCUUGUGUACACAAAACCCGAUGUUGUGAAGAACUUGACAGCAGGGAUUAUCUCCACUACGUCCAUAUCUCUGAGGUGGGGGAAACCAUAUGGAAAUGCAAGUUUUUAUGAAAUCCAGAUUCUGGGAGAACCAAGCUUGAAUAGGACAGUGAAUACAACUUUUGAUACAAUUGACGGCCUGAUACCUGGAAAUUAUUACACACUGCUGGUCUCUGCAGUUGUUGGGGAAAAUAAUAUCACUGGAAACAUUUCACAACUGCUUGUGUACACAAAACCCGAUGUUGUGAAGAACUUGACAGCAGGGAUCAUCACCACUACAUCCAUAUCUCUGAGCUGGGAGAAACCAUAUGGAAAUGCAAGUUUUUAUGAAAUCCAGAUUCUGGGAGAACCAAGCUUGAAUAGGACAGUAAAUACAAAUUUUGAUACAAUUGACGGCCUGAUACCUGGAAAUUAUUACACACUGCAGGUCUCUGCAGUUGUUGGGGAAAAUAAUAUCACUGGAAACAGUUCACACCUGCUUGUGUACACAAAACCCGAUGUUGUGAAGAACUUGACAGCAGGGAUCAUCUUCACUACGUCCAUAUCUCUGAGGUGGGGGAAACCAUAUGGAAAUGCAAGUUUUUAUGAAAUCCAGAUUCUGGGAGAACCAAGCUUGAAUAGGACAGUGAAUACAACUUUUGAUACAAUUGACGGCCUGAUACCUGGAAAUUAUUACACACUGCUGGUCUCUGCAGUUGUUGGGGAAAAUAAUAUCACUGGAAACAUUUCACAACUGCUUGUGUACACAAAACCCGAUGUUGUGAAGAACUUGACAGCAGGGAUCAUCACCACUACAUCCAUAUCUCUGAGCUGGGAGAAACCAUAUGGAAAUGCAAGUUUUUAUGAAAUCCAGAUUCUGGGAGAACCAAGCUUGAAUAGGACAGUAAAUACAAAUUUUGAUACAAUUGACGGCCUGAUACCUGGAAAUUAUUACACACUGCAGGUCUCUGCAGUUGUUGGGGAAAAUAAUAUCACUGGAAACAGUUCACACCUGCUUGUGUACACAAAACCCGAUGUUGUGAAGAACUUGACAGCAGGGAUCAUCUCCACUACGUCCAUAUCUCUGAGGUGGGGGAAACCAUAUGGAAAUGCAAGUUUUUAUGAAAUCCAGAUUCUGGGAGAACCAAGCUUGAAUAGGACAGUGAAUACAACUUUUGAUACAAUUGACGGCCUGAUACCUGGAAAUUAUUACACACUGCUGGUCUCUGCAGUUGUUGGGGAAAAUAAUAUCACUGGAAACAUUUCACAACUGCUUGUGUACACAAAACCCGAUGUUGUGAAGAACUUGACAGCAGGGAUCAUCACCACUACAUCCAUAUCUCUGAGCUGGGAGAAACCAUAUGGAAAUGCAAGUUUUUAUGAAAUCCAGAUUCUGGGAGAACCAAGCUUGAAUAGGACAGUAAAUACAAAUUUUGAUACAAUUGACGGCCUGAUACCUGGAAAUUAUUACACACUGCUGGUCUCUGCAGUUGUUGGGGAAAAUAAUAUCACUGGAAACAGUUCACACCUGCUUGUGUACACAAAACCCGAUGUUGUGAAGAACUUGACAGCAGGGAUCAUCUCCACUACGUCCAUAUCUCUGAGGUGGGGGAAACCAUAUGGAAAUGCAAGUUUUUAUGAAAUCCAGAUUCUGGGAGAACCAAGCUUGAAUAGGACAGUGAAUACAACUUUUGAUACAAUUGACGGCCUGAUACCUGGAAAUUAUUACACACUGCUGGUCUCUGCAGUUGUUGGGGAAAAUAAUAUCACUGGAAACAUUUCACAACUGCUUGUGUACACAAAACCCGAUGUUGUGAAGAACUUGACAGCAGGGAUCAUCACCACUACAUCCAUAUCUCUGAGCUGGGAGAAACCAUAUGGAAAUGCAAGUUUUUAUGAAAUCCAGAUUCUGGGAGAACCAAGCUUGAAUAGGACAGUAAAUACAAAUUUUGAUACAAUUGACGGCCUGAUACCUGGAAAUUAUUACACACUGCUGGUCUCUGCAGUUGUUGGGGAAAAUAAUAUCACUGGAAACAGUUCACACCUGCUUGUGUACACAAAACCCGAUGUUGUGAAGAACUUGACAGCAGGGAUCAUCUCCACUACGUCCAUAUCUCUGAGGUGGGGGAAACCAUAUGGAAAUGCAAGUUUUUAUGAAAUCCAGAUUCUGGGAGAACCAAGCUUGAAUAGGACAGUGAAUACAACUUUUGAUACAAUUGACGGCCUGAUACCUGGAAAUUAUUACACACUGCUGGUCUCUGCAGUUGUUGGGGAAAAUAAUAUCACUGGAAACAGUUCACACCUGCUUGUGUACACAAAACCCGAUGUUGUGAAGAACUUGACAGCAGGGAUCAUCUCCACUACGUCCAUAUCUCUGAGGUGGGGGAAACCAUAUGGAAAUGCAAGUUUUUAUGAAAUCCAGAUUCUGGGAGAACCAAGCUUGAAUAGGACAGUGAAUACAACUUUUGAUACAAUUGACGGCCUGAUACCUGGAAAUUAUUACACACUGCUGGUCUCUGCAGUUGUUGGGGAAAAUAAUAUCACUGGAAACAGUUCACACCUGCUUGUGUACACAAAACCCGAUGUUGUGAAGAACUUGACAGCAGGGAUCAUCUCCACUACGUCCAUAUCUCUGAGGUGGGGGAAACCAUAUGGAAAUGCAAGUUUUUAUGAAAUCCAGAUUCUGGGAGAACCAAGCUUGAAUAGGACAGUGAAUACAACUUUUGAUACAAUUGACGGCCUGAUACCUGGAAAUUAUUACACACUGCUGGUCUCUGCAGUUGUUGGGGAAAAUAAUAUCACUGGAAACAUUUCACAACUGCUUGUGUACACAAAACCCGAUGUUGUGAAGAACUUGACAGCAGGGAUCAUCACCACUACAUCCAUAUCUCUGAGCUGGGAGAAACCAUAUGGAAAUGCAAGUUUUUAUGAAAUCCAGAUUCUGGGAGAACCAAGCUUGAAUAGGACAGUAAAUACAAAUUUUGAUACAAUUGACGGCCUGAUACCUGGAAAUUAUUACACACUGCUGGUCUCUGCAGUUGUUGGGGAAAAUAAUAUCACUGGAAACAGUUCACACCUGCUUGUGUACACAAAACCCGAUGUUGUGAAGAACUUGACAGCAGGGAUCAUCUCCACUACGUCCAUAUCUCUGAGGUGGGGGAAACCAUAUGGAAAUGCAAGUUUUUAUGAAAUCCAGAUUCUGGGAGAACCAAGCUUGAAUAGGACAGUGAAUACAACUUUUGAUACAAUUGACGGCCUGAUACCUGGAAAUUAUUACACACUGCUGGUCUCUGCAGUUGUUGGGGAAAAUAAUAUCACUGGAAACAGUUCACACCUGCUUGUGUACACAAAACCCGAUGUUGUGAAGAACUUGACAGCAGGGAUCAUCUCCACUACGUCCAUAUCUCUGAGGUGGGGGAAACCAUAUGGAAAUGCAAGUUUUUAUGAAAUCCAGAUUCUGGGAGAACCAAGCUUGAAUAGGACAGUGAAUACAACUUUUGAUACAAUUGACGGCCUGAUACCUGGAAAUUAUUACACACUGCUGGUCUCUGCAGUUGUUGGGGAAAAUAAUAUCACUGGAAACAUUUCACAACUGCUUGUGUACACAAAACCCGAUGUUGUGAAGAACUUGACAGCAGGGAUCAUCACCACUACAUCCAUAUCUCUGAGCUGGGAGAAACCAUAUGGAAAUGCAAGUUUUUAUGAAAUCCAGAUUCUGGGAGAACCAAGCUUGAAUAGGACAGUAAAUACAAAUUUUGAUACAAUUGACGGCCUGAUACCUGGAAAUUAUUACACACUGCUGGUCUCUGCAGUUGUUGGGGAAAAUAAUAUCACUGGAAACAGUUCACACCUGCUUGUGUACACAAAACCCGAUGUUGUGAAGAACUUGACAGCAGGGAUCAUCUCCACUACGUCCAUAUCUCUGAGGUGGGGGAAACCAUAUGGAAAUGCAAGUUUUUAUGAAAUCCAGAUUCUGGGAGAACCAAGCUUGAAUAGGACAGUGAAUACAACUUUUGAUACAAUUGACGGCCUGAUACCUGGAAAUUAUUACACACUGCUGGUCUCUGCAGUUGUUGGGGAAAAUAAUAUCACUGGAAACAGUUCACACCUGCUUGUGUACACAA